UGAAAACCUAUAGACGAAGGUUCAGUACUUCGUACAGUGAUAACACAGUCAUUGUAUCUGGGAGACGCUGAAUAUAAAACUAUCAUUAUGGCUGGAAAGAAAUCUUCUCCUGCCAAGUUGGCUCAGGAUAAGAAGGCCAAGAGCGCACCAUCUAUUCCUCCCCAGCUGAUCGCCUCGAUUGAAGCUUUUCUUAUCGAAUCUGGCUUCACCAGUACCAGCAAGGCCUUUUCGAAAGAACUAGCCAGCAAAUCCGUUAGCAAGUCGCCGUCCGACACCAAGAAUGUGCCACCUUUGAUCGAAAUUUUCGACAAGUGGGCAAGUACCGGAAAGGCUACCAAGGAAUCUUCCGAUUCCAGCUCAUCAGAGACCUCCAGCAGUUCCAGCAGCAGCGAAGAAAGUUCCAGCAGUUCGGAUGAGUCGAGCGAUUCUGAUGUUGAGAUGAACGAUGCGCAGAAAGUGCAGUCGAAGAAACAAUCUAGGCGCUCCUCUUCCUCCUCGUCCUCUUCCUCUUCUUCCUCUUCCUCUUCCUCUUCCUCUUCCUCUUCCUCUUCCUCUUCCUCUUCCUCUUCCUCUUCUGCCUCCGAUAGCGAUGCUGAUGAUGAGAGCGAGGAGGAGGCGGCAGCCCCUGCUCCUGCCAAGCCUCAGGGUACUAAGCGGAAGGCCGAGUCUGAUUCCUCGUCUUCUGAGUCCGAGUCCGAGUCAGACAAAGCCCCUCAGAAUAAGAAGACAAAGGUCGCAGCUAAGGAAGACAGCUCGUCCUCUGACUCUUCAUCAUCGUCCUCAGCCAGUGACAGCAGCAGCAGCAGCAGCGACUCGUCAUCCGAUUCUGACUCCGACUCUGAUUCUUCCUCUUCCUCCGACUCGGACAAGGAAGACGGAAAGGGCAACAAGGCUUCUUCAUCCUCUCAGAGUUCCUCCGGCAGUGAAACAGUUCAAAACUCCGACUCGGGUGCUCAGAAAUCUACUAACAUUUCGACACCGGUGACCGGUUCGUUUAGUGCUAGCCCGGCCCCCGGAUAUGGGAAAAAGCACACUGGCGCCCGCCCUACUCCUCUGGCUCUUCUCAGUGAACAGCCUACCGACCACCUGCUUUCAAACGACUACGUCCCCUAUGCCUAUGCUGACAGAGCCUUCAAGGAUCUCUCGGUAACUCGUGGCAAGGGCUUCACGAAAGAGAAGAACAAGAAGAAGCGUGGUUCUUACCGUGGUGGUCCCAUCGAUAUCUCCGGAGGCAAGUCGUUCAAGUUCGAGGAUUAAGUUGAGGAUCGAGUUGGGUUGUGCCGGCUGUCGUCAUGUUCAGCAUACCAUCCACUUUUUAAUAUGCUCUACAAAAGUUUAGACCCUUAGAUCUAGGUUUACAUAUUUAGAUCGUUUUGCCCAUUUCUUUAUUCACAACUACAAGCAAGGCGCUGAUGGAGCUGGGACUUCUAUUCAAUUAUUCGUGCAAACUUUCACCUAAAAAAAAA